UCUAUGUACUCAGAACUUGACGAAAGCCUGGCCAUCACCACCUCCAGAGGAUCAGUGUGGUCUGGUGGCUCAAUCCUUCCUUCCUCAGCACAGCGGGCAGACAGCACUUGGCCCAGUCAGUCCACAACAGCUCCUGCACCCCAGUUCACCCUCACUAAGGUCACCAUCUUCUUUUAUUGUACAAGAAAGCAGAGUUCCUAUCACAUACAGAAAAGAACAUGUUCAUUUGGGUAUUAGCCCUCCUAGUCUUUUGUGGUUUUCUAUGGAAUAAUAAAAGACAACUAAAGAUUGCAAACAUCACUGAUAAGUACAUUUUCAUUACCGGAUGUGACACGGGUUUUGGAAAUUUGGCAGCCAGAACUUUUGAUAAAAAAGGAUUUCAUGUAAUCGCUGCUUGUCUGACUGAAUCAAAAUCAACGGCUUUAAAGGCAGAAACAUCAGAAAGGCUUCACACUGUGCUUCUGGAUGUAACUGACCCAGAGAAUGUCAAGAGGACUGCCCAGUGGGUGAAAAACCAAGUUGGGGAAAAAGGUCUCUGGGGUCUGAUCAACAAUGCCGGCAUUCUCGGAGUGCUGGCUCCCACUGACUGGCUGACAGUGGAGGACUACAGGGAACCUAUUGAAGUGAACUUGUUUGGACUCAUCAAUGUGACAUUAAAUUUACUUCCCUUGGUCAAAAAAGCUCGAGGAAGGGUUAUCAAUGUCUCCAGUGUUGGAGGUCGGCUUGCACUUGGUGGAGGGGGCUAUACUCCAUCCAAAUACGCAGUAGAAGGCUUCAAUGACAGCUUAAGACGGGACAUGAAAGCUUUUGGUGUACAUGUUUCAUGUAUUGAACCAGGAUUAUUCAAAACAGGAUUAUCAGAUCCAGUAAAGGUCACUGAAAAGAAACUUGCCAUUUGGAAACAACUGUCUCCAGAUAUCAAACAACAAUAUGGAGAAGGUUACAUUGAAAAAAGUCUAGACAAACUGAAAGGCACUAAUUCCUUUGUGAACAUGGACCUCUCCCUGGUGGUGGAGUGCAUGGACCAUGCUCUCACAAGUCUCUUCCCCAAGACUCAUUAUGCUGCCGGAAGAGAUGCCAAGACCUUCUGGAUACCUCUGUCUCACAUGCCAGCAGUUUUGCAAGACUUUUUAUUGUUGAAACAGAAAGCAGAGCUGGCUAAUCCCAAAGCAGUGUGACUCAGCUGACAAUAAAUGCCUGUCCCCAGGCUAUGAGAUUGGCUGCUUUCAA